CUCAAAUUGCUAGGGAGGCAGAGGUUUUCCUUAGGACGGGGGUUAGUUGUAUUACUUGAGUAGGGGCGGUCUUUGACUUGGGGAAAAAGGAACAUGGAGGGCCAACAGGAUACCAUUCGCCUUGGGAAGCGCUGCUUCGUCGGCAACCUUGCCUGGAAGACUUCCUGGCAGGACCUCAAAGACAAGUUCCGGGAGGCCGGCAACGUCGUCUACACCAAUGUUAUGCGCGACGACGAUGGCCGCUCCAAGGGCUGGGGUAUCGUGGAGUUUGAGACUCCUGAGGAGGCUCUGCACGCUAUCCAGAGCCUGAACGGUGCGGAGCUCGGUGGCCGCCGCAUCCUGGUUCGCGAGGACCGCGAGGACCGCGACGUUAAGCAAGCUGACGGUGCUGCUGAGGCUCCCCGUGCCCCACGUGCUGGCCGUGGUGCUGGCCGUGGCCCCGCCAACGGCGGCCGGGGCGCUGGCCGCGGUCGCGGUGCUGCCCCUGCUGAGGCUACCGGCGAGUCCAGCGGGCUACAGGUUGUGGUCCAGGGCAUCCCAUGGGCCUACACGUGGCGCGAGCUCAAGGACAUGUUCAACGAGAUCGGUGGCGUUGAGCGGGCAGAUGUUGUCACCGGCUACGACGGCCGCAGCCGGGGCUACGGCACCGUGAAGUUCACCUCGAAGGAGGCUGCUGAGGCCGCUGUUGCCCGCUUCCACGAGAGCGAGCUCGAAGGCCGACGGCUGGCGGUGUUCAUUGACCGCUACCAGUAAAUGCCUGCAACUCGACCGCAACUAGGUGUUGGUGCGGGCAGCAGGUCUUCGUGCUUGCUGCCCAAGCCAGCGCCCAGCUAGCAAUGGCCGCAACGGGUUUCUACAUGACGGCUCUUACGUGCGUUGAUGGCAGGUAGACCAUGGCGAACCGAUACAGUGUCCUGUACACCAGUGUGCGUCUCCUCACCCAGGGCUGUACAUGACCUCUCCAGUGAAGCGGAACGCAGCUACAUUUUGGCCCGGCUUCACGGGUUCGUUUUCGGUUGCGUACAUGUUCGACGUCGAAUGCGUGCCCGUGGGCUUGGACUGGUUUUGUCGACGGUGGUCUCAAGCUCAUGCAAUGCCUGAGAAGCACAGAUAGGUGCGGAGUUUUACGGUGGAUUGUGGUUUAGAUGACUACGUGUGAUAUGCUGAGGUUUUGGACUACGAAACGGCGAGCAAUGCGCUGAGGGACUGUGC